AUGGCUACUCAACUCACGGCAUUAAACUUGGCUGCUGUCAAAGAAGCGUACGCUUUGAUCAAACCCAAGAUAUGGGAAAUUCCAGUCUACAAAUCAGCAACACUAUCACAUACCAUCAGUAGCGCCAUAUUCUGCAAAGACAACAUUGGAGUUACCGGCGUCCCAAAAGUCAAUGUAUUUUUCAAGUGCAAUCAUGGCAUUGCGCUGGCCCAAGCGGCGGCGUAUGCGUCGGAGGAGCGAGAUUUCCCCAUACCCCUGACUGUCAUUAUGUCGAAGUCUGCAGACCAGGGCAAAAUCUCUGUGAUAGAAAAUCUGGGCGCUACUGUGCGCUACUGUAUCGGCCUGCUAUUUAACGGUGGAGGCUUGUGCGUUCCAACGUCUGGUCACUAUCAUGUUGUCCCGGGCCAGGGCACUGCCAUGCUCGAGUUCCAACAGCAGAUUGCAUGCCUAGGCGAGAAACCACUAAAUGCUGUCAUCGUUCCCAUUGCUGGAGGUGCCUUGUUGGCUGGUACAGCCCUGGUAUAUCAAGCUCCCGCAUCGAAGUCUUCGGGGCAGAACCGCUUGAGGGAGGACCCUCGCUCUUUCAGGGCUGCCAAAGGGGUCGCCGCAUCGAUACCUUAUGUCCCGACAAGUCGACGAUUGCCGAUGGUCUUCGUUGUGUCUCGUGGCCAAAUCGAACUGGGAUAUCUUUCGAAGCAAGACGCUUGUUCACGAUGUAUUCCCAGUAGCUGA